GGGACCACGUGGUGCGGGACCCCCCGUUGGCAGCGCCAUGGCGUCGGCGCCCAAGAGGUUCAAGGCGGCGGUCGAGAGCGGCGCCCAGGGGAAGAGUAGCGCCGACCCCCUCUGCGGGUUCCUGGCAUGGUGCGGGCAGGCCGGGGUGGAGCUGAACCCCAAGGUCCGCCUGAGCAGGGAGGGCGCGGUGGCGGGGUACGGGAUGUUGGCCGCCGAGGAGCUGGAGGCGGGAGAGGUGCUCUUCACCAUCCCCCGCACGGCGCUGCUGUCCCAACACACCACCUCCAUCCACGCAGUCUUGCAAGAAGCCCAGGAGUCCCUGCAGAGCCAGUCCGGUUGGGUCCCUCUCCUGCUGGCCUUGCUACAUGAGUACACAGCCAGCAGCUCCCACUGGCAGCCGUAUUUCUCCCUCUGGCAAGACUUCAGGAGCCUGGACCACCCCAUGUUCUGGCCUCAAGAAGAGCGAACAAGGCUCCUGCAGGGCACAGGCAUCCCAGAAGCUGUAGACAAGGAUCUGGCUAACAUCCACCUGGAGUACACCACCAUCAUCCUGCCUUUCAUGGAGACCCACCCCGACAUCUUUGACCCCAAAGUGCACACGCUGGAGUUGUAUAAGGAGCUGGUGGCAUUUGUCAUGGCUUACAGCUUUCAGGAACCUCUGGAGGAGGAAGAAGAAGAUGAGAAGGGGCCCAAUCCUCCCAUGAUGGUGCCUGUGGCAGAUAUUUUGAAUCAUGUGGCCAACCACAAUGCCAACCUGGAAUACUCUCCUCACUGUUUGAGGAUGGUUACAACGCAGCCCGUGGGGAAGGGACAGGAGAUCUUCAACACCUACGGGCAGAUGGCCAACUGGCAGCUGCUGCACAUGUACGGCUUCGCAGAGCCCUACCCCGGCAACACCCACGACACGGCCGACAUCCAGAUGGUGACACUGCGCAGGGCGGCUCUGCAGCGUGCCAAAAGUGAAGCUCAGCAGCAGCUGGUCUCAGAGCAGUGGGACUUCUUGUGCCAGCUGGAGAUGGUGGGGGAGGAAGGUGCCUUUGUGAUUGGCUGGGAUGAGGUGCUGACAGAGGAAGAGCUGUCAGUGACCCUCAAGGUGCUCUGCAUGUCAGAAGAAGAAUUCAAGGAGUAUAAGGAGCAAGAUGGCUGGGAAGACGACAGCGAGGAAGAGGAAAACUCUACUCUUUCAAAUGAGGCCCUCUCCAGACUUAAAACCCCUUGCAAGAAGCUCCUUUAUGACAGUGUGCAGCUGACCCUGAAAUCCUAUGGGGCAGACCUGAAAGCAGAGCAGGACUUGCUAAAUAACAAGGAGGCUUACAAGAAACUGAGUCGAAGGGAGCAGCAAGCGCUGCAUGUGCGCUACGGCCAGAAGAGGAUCUUGCAUCAGCUGCUAGAGCUGCUACAAUAGAACCCUCAGUGUCCCUGGACAGGACCCGGCUGGGGCUGAUCCUGAGGGAAGGCUCAGCCUCUGGCUGUAGCAGAGAGAAGGGAUGGCAGGACUGACUACGGGUACACUCACCCCUCACACAGCACAUGGAUUUUUUAGCUACCUCUACAUAAAGAAGUUUCUUCACAGCACA